UCCGUCCAAACAGGCCCUUAAUCCCUAUCAGGUGCCCACAUCUAAUCGUAGGAUUCGUAGCUUCAGUUGCAGCAAUGGAGCAUUCAGUCUGUCAUUGCCGACUUCUAUACUCUCCCUCUCCGCCAUCAUUUCUCCCCUCUCGCCUCCUACCUACAAAGCUUACUUUCCUGAAAACUCAGAUCAUCAAUCCAAUAAAUCCAUUGCAUAAACGGCAACUGGGGUUCGCACGUCUCCAAAGUUUCUCGGCUUCGCUAAUGGACUCUAACAGUCCUCUUCAUUCACUUGAGAAUGUCCCACCCUCAGCAUCUUCCACAUUCACAACCGGUCGAAUUGGAGAAGUGAACAGGGUAACGAAAGAGACUAACGUGUUUGUGAAGAUAAAUUUGGACGGAACGGGUGUGGCUGAAAACUGCACUGGAAUUCCAUUUCUUGACCAUAUGUUGGAUCAACUUGCAUCACAUGGGUUGUUGGACAUGCAUGUGAAGGCCAAGGGGGACAUUCACAUAGAUGAUCAUCACACAAAUGAAGACAUUGGGUUGGCUAUUGGAACAGUAAUAUGCUUUGUUGGAUGCACUUGGAGAUAGAAAAGGAAUUAACCGGUUUGGUGACUUCUCAGCUCCUCUGGAUGAAUCAUUGAUACAUGUUGCAUUGGAUUUAUCUGGACGACCACAUUUAAGUUAUGAUUUACAAAUACCUACCCAGAGAGUGGGAACAUAUGAUACUCAGCUCGUAGAACACUUCUUCCAGUCCGUGGUCAACACUUCUGGAAUGACACUUCAUAUACGACAGCUAGCUGGAAAAAAUUCUCAUCACAUAAUUGAAGCCACCUUUAAGGCUUUUGCAAGAGCCCUUAGACAAGCAACCGAGUAUGACUUGCGUCGUCAUGGAAGUAUACCGAGUGAAAAUACCAAGUGGUCCGGACUCCAGAGUAAUGGCGUUGCAAAAGUGAUCUUUCAAAUAAGCCGCCCUUAAACUCAAAGGGGGUUCUUUCACGUGCUUAAAGUGUUGAAAUUUGAUGGAAUGUGGAUGCCCUAGACUACCUCAGUAGUUAUCAAAGGACUACCAUUGUUAUAGAAGAAUAUGAUGGUGUUGCUGUAUGCCAUCCUUUUCAACAACUGAUAGAUGCCACUGUAGUUUUUUUAGAAGUUAGAACAUCAGAGCCAUGUGAUGUAAUUUGCCAAGAUGAUAAUCAUUGUAUAAUGAGAAAUUCUUAGUUUUUUCCCAAUAAAGUAAUUUAUGCCCCUUUAACAACCUCCCAUUGCCAUUUUAGUUGAGUUCGCUAUGAUCUACUUGCUACUUUGGUGUUGUAUUUGCUGCUGAGGCUCUGUUUGGU